AUCAGCAAUCAAUAGCGCCAGCGCCAGCGCCCAGCGGAGCCCGCCGUGCCGAUCCUUGCCGCUUCUCCCGAUCCCCAUCCCAAUUCCGGCCGCUUCCCCCCACUUCCCCGGGCCCCGGCCCGCUCGCAGCUGCUCCCUCGCCUCCAACACAAGCCCAUCGACCGGCUGCUCGCGCGCCGCCACUUCGUCUGCUUCGGAUUCAGUUCAGCCUUGAGUCUCGCUCCCAUUGGAUUCCCUUCCUUCCUUCAUACGGAGCGUUGAUUUGGGGCUGAGGCGCUGCUGCUGCCACUGCGAGCGCGGCGCUGCGGCAAUGGUGGAGGCGGGGAGCAGGGUGCGGGGGUUCCUGAGGAACCGGUGGCUGGUGUUCGUGGCGGCCAUGUGGAUGCAGUCCUUCGCCGGGGUGGGCUACCUCUUCGGCAGCCUCUCCCCCGUCAUCAAGUCCUCGCUCGGAUACACCCAGCGCCAGCUCGCCGGGCUCGGCGUCGCCAAGGACCUCGGCGACAGCGUCGGCUUCCUCGCCGGCACCCUCUGCGCCGUGCUCCCGCUCUGGGCCGCCCUCCUCGUCGGCGCCGCCCAGAACCUCGUCGGCUACGGCUGGGUCUGGCUCGCCGUCACCCGCCGCGUCCCCGUUCCCCCGCUCUGGGCGAUGUGCAUUCUAAUCUUUGUUGGUAAUAAUGGUGAGACAUACUUCAAUACUGCUGCGCUCGUCUCAUGUGUUCAGAACUUCCCCAAGAACCGUGGACCGAUUGUUGGUAUCCUCAAGGGAUUUGCUGGUUUGAGUGGUGCAAUCCUAACACAGAUCUAUGCAAUGGUACACUCGCCUGAUCAUGCUGCACUGAUAUUCAUGGUCGCUGUUGGCCCAACAAUGGUUGUCAUCGCUUUAAUGUUCAUCGUCAGACCAGUUGGAGGCCACAGACAAGUACGGCCUUCUGAUGGUAUAAGCUUCACGUUUGUAUACAGCAUCUGCUUGGUCUUGGCCGCUUAUCUGAUGGGAGUGAUGCUGCUUGAAGACCUUGUUGGCUUGAGCCAUCCGUUGACAGUCCUGUGUACCAUCAUUCUAAUGGUCCUACUGAUAGUUCCAAUAGUCAUCCCUGUGAUACUCAGCUUCUUCUCAGACAACGAUGAAAGUAUCCAUGCAGCACUGUUACCAUCACCUCGGAGAGAAGAAGCAAGUGCGUCAGUACCGUCGAGUGAAGAGCAACAUGAGGUUAUACUCAGUGAGGUGGAGGAUGAAAAACCAAAGGAAGUUGAUCUACUUCCAGCCUCAGAGAGGCAGAAGAGGAUUGCUGAAUUGCAGAAUAGGCUAUUCCAGGCAGCUGCUGUUGGUGCCGUCAGGGUUAAAAGGAGGAAAGGUCCACGGCGAGGAGAGGAUUUCACGCUGAUGCAGGCACUGAUCAAGGCAGAUUUUUGGCUUCUGUUUUUCUCCCUUCUGUUGGGGUCAGGAUCAGGACUUACCGUGAUCGAUAAUCUUGGGCAAAUGAGUCAGUCAUUGGGCUAUGAGGACACCCACAUUUUCGUGUCAAUGAUUAGCAUCUGGAACUUCCUUGGACGUGUUGCUGGGGGCUAUUUCUCAGAGAUUGUUGUCAAGGACUACGCAUAUCCAAGGGCGAUUGCCUUGGCAACAGCUCAAGUAUUCAUGGCAAUUGGGCACUUCAUCUUCGCGAUGGCAUGGCCGGGCACAAUGUACAUCGGCACACUGCUCAUCGGGCUCGGGUACGGCGCGCACUGGGCGAUCGUGCCAGCCGCCGCCUCCGAGCUGUUCGGCACGAAGAACUUCGGAGCGCUGUACAACUUCCUCACCGCCGCCAACCCGGCGGGCUCCCUGGUCUUCUCGGGCAUCAUCGCCAGCGGCAUCUAUGACCGUGAAGCCGAGAAGCAGGCUCACCAGCACGGCAACUCGGCAUUGCUAGCUGUGGUCUUCGACGCCGCUCCGGCCAUCAAGUGCGACGGUGCCAUCUGCUUCUUCCUCUCCUCGAUGAUCAUGUCAGGGUUCUGCGUCAUCGCCGCCGCCCUGAGCACGAUCCUGGUCCACCGGACGAAGGUCGUGUACACGAAUCUGUACGGUAAACCCCCCACAUGACGGGGAUGGAUCAAAGCUCCAAGAGUCAUCGAUCCUCCCUUGUUCUUCUGAAUAUUCUUCGGGUAGCAGCAGAAGGGCGUGAAAGUUUUGUUUUGCUGUGUUCCUUCUGUUUAUGAGCUAUACGUACAUAUCCUUAUGGCACCAGGACUACGACUACGGACACUACUGGUGGCUACGGAUGGGAGGUCGAGUAUAUCAUCAUCAUGGAGCAUCAAAGUGCAUGUAUUGGGUUCUUGUGUAUUUUGACUGAACAACAUUUCAGUGUUGAGCUGCAAAUGUUGCAUGUACAUAUGGUUAUAUGCUUCAUCAAUUUGUCACGGUGGGUUGUUUUUCAGUCGUCUUUGAAAACUGGUAGUACCACAUUAAUUUACCCAAGUUUAGCAAGUUA